CUGCUAGUACCUAGGUACCCGGUACCUCCCCCAUAAUAAUCUGGGAUCUGUGAUGUAUUUGCCGCAUUCUCGUCGGAAGCCGCGAAAAUUCCCGUCGUCGCAGCCUCAUCGUUCCAUCUCUCGAAAUCACACUUCUCUACAAGUUCUGGACUUUCUCUUGUUCCUCCUCCAUGUCUUCUGCUGUGCCUCCUAUCUAGAUACAUCGGUUGCAAAAGUCCCAGAGAUUGAAUACGGGGACCCCACCGGUCACUCACCUCAUCCCGUCCGCUCGAUCCAACCGAAUCCGCCCCCCGCACGCCUCCAGGCUUCCACAUCUCGCUCCGUGUCUGCCAGGUUCCCCCACGAUUCUCCCGGCCGAUAAGCCAGUCUCAUUUUCUUGCCCACGUCCUCCGAAAGUAAAAAGACGUCUACUUUCACGGCCAGACACUUGACGGAAAUACAAUUUGCCCGCAGGCGUUUGGAGAAACACGACCGAAGACACGCCGGGCAGUCCAAUCGCGGUCACUUGUGACAUUCUCUCUUUACUGCAGUGUCGCACCUCUCAGGCUUUCUCAGACCUGGCGUCUGUCUAUCUUUCCCCUGUCAUACCACGUCUCGUGCAUACCUGCGCUGUGAUCCUCCAGGCAACGGCCGCCCAGACUCAUUCUUUCAGCCUCACACGUUUGGCAUCACUUCCUCCUGAUCAACUUACCACAACACGGUCGUCUCGACGCUUGGUAUACAGCCGUCUAGAGGAGCCGCUUGCUCUGCGGCUAUCUCUGCUAUCUCUUGCACCUCGGCUGCGGUGACAGAAUGAGCAGCCACCCUCGCAGAAGCGCCCGAAUUUCACAUCUUCAGCAAGAACAAUUCCAGCAGAGGACGGCAGCUCAGUCGACCGCCUCCGCAGGCAGCUCAUCACAAUCUUCAAGUGCCUCAAGCAGCGCCCAUCCCAGUCCUGUCAGCGACUUGCUUCAUCCUCCUCCUCCGCCACCGACUCCUCAGCCGUCGAACCCUCGUCUUCAUAUCCCGCCACACCUCAUGCCUCAGCAACAGCAAGCACAUCUCCACGCGCCUUUACCCUCGCCGUCUGCCGGAGAAAUCGAGCCCUUUUUCGGUCGCGCUGUUUCCCAGUCUAGCCCGUACGUGUCGCAACACAUGAAUGCCGGUUAUGCCAAUCAACAGCGUCAGCAGCAACCGCAGCAGCAACAUCAAAUGAUGAAUCCACAGCAUCAUUUACAUCCCCAUUCAAACUCCAUGUCCCAAGAGCAUCCUGCUCACUCUCGGCCUAUGAAUCCGGGUCAACUACCCCCAGAUUUUCUCGCCGAGGCUGCGAAACGUGCCCAAAUGGCCUGCCUGAUGCGUGAUCUCGGCGAGGUAUCUUUAUGAAACAUGUGACACGAACUCUACACUGUACCUUCGGCCGUGGGCAUCUCAUCUCUGAUGUUGCCUUCUACUGGCCUGGCUUGGGUGGUACAGUGUGUCCGAUUACCGCUUCAUGUGCCGAGGUCAUUCGGUGAACAAAGGCUGUGGCGAGGACAACAAUCACUUGCAUGGUACCAAGACGCAGUACGGGUACAGUACGGGUAGCAGUGGUCUUUCCUCCGUGUACCAAUGGCCGAUGAUCUCAUUGCCGACACGGCAAUGAGACAGCUCGAAGCCCAUGCCUCCGCCACUGUACAUGCAAGACAGGCCCAACUUGGAUUCUCCACACACCGCCAGACUGUGCUUCGAAGAUACCCGAUGCAUUUUAACGCCCUUUACGACUUCAUCUACACUUAAUAUUUUCUUUUAUCAGCGACUGUCCCCUCUGCCCUUUUGUUUUCAGCUUCGUAUUCUGGUUGUCAUGGUUGGGCAUCAGCUACAUGAUAUCAGCAUGGGUUUGUGAUACCGGUUGUGGUCGGCUGGAUGGAUCAUUUGGUUUUUUUAUGUCCUUCUAGAAGGUUGCCUCUUUGUUGUCUAAGUGCAGAAGACGGCUAGGCUAUUCAGCAUUGCAUGGCACGCACUUCUUUCUGUUGUUUCUUGUGUCUAGAAGACUCAUGCGCGAGCAUUGUGGGUGCUUCGGGUGGAUGGAUGAAAGACGAUAAAGAGGCUGAUGGUUGUUUCUAUUCAUGGUCAGCCUUGCAUUGGGAUCAUCACUCCGGAUAAGAUUUGCAUAUGGCAAUGGAUUAUAGGCAUGGCGGAUUCUCUCGAUAAUACAUCUCCUAGUUAGCUAGGGUACCUUUGAGCCAGAAACAUGAAUUACACCACCAAUCACUGAUACUGCAACGUCCGUCCUGUUAUAUUAGCUCUCUUAUCUUGUUAGUUCCUGUCACUGUGGUUUUGUUUCAAGAAUCUCUGACUGGCGGUUGACAGACAGACGAGUCGAUUAAAAGUCUGCUGAUGACAACGGC